UCGACUCGACCAGUACCACGAUGACGAGUCCUCACGGAUACACGGGUUUCACGAUGACCCCCACCUUGGACAGUCAGAGUUCCAUGGAGCAGCACAUCAAGCGACCCAUGAACGCGUUCAUGGUCUGGUCCAGGAUACAGAGGAGGAAGAUCGCCCUGGACAAUCCGAAGAUGCACAACUCUGAGAUCUCCAAGCGUCUGGGUGCGGAGUGGAAGUUGCUCACAGAGAUGGAGAAGAGACCCUUCAUCGAUGAAGCGAAGAGACUGAGGGCGAUGCACAUGAAGGAGCAUCCCGACUACAAGUACAGGCCCCGCCGGAAGCCGAAGAGCCCAGGACAGACCAUGGUGUCCAAAGGGUCCCCGACUUUACACCCCGGGAUGGGUCCCUCCACGGGGGCGGCCUUCCCGAGCUUUCCGCUCCCGCCGUACUUCGCCUCCCCGAGCCCUCACCUGGAGAGCAUCUCGGCAGCCUACUCUCCCAUCCCGCCCUACUUCGGGUCAGCCUUCGACGCCGUCCAUCUCUCGAAACUGGUGCAGAACCAAGCCGCCGCCGCUGCCGUCUCCACGGAGGCCCAAAAGUACGCCUCCAAUCCCGCCGUCGCCGUCGUCAGCUCACUCUACUCAUCACUUUACCCGACACCGUCCAGCGGCAAAAGCAUGCCUCCACCUCCGCUCUCGUUCUUCCACCACCAGCCUCAUCCGCACUUCCUGUUCGGAUCGGGCCACCAGAGUCCAGGAUCGAGCCCGGGGACUACACCCACGUCGGCACCCGCCCCCUUGGACAUCGACCAGCUCCGGAGACCCGUGCCCGUCAUCUACUAAGUGUCGAGGUAAGACACCUGAGGACUGAGUUACCCUAGGAUAGGCAUCACUCACAUCACGUUUUCUCCCCAACCAAAACCUUGUUCAGUGUUUUAACUCGGCAAUUUGCAGCUUCUGUGUCCGCAAUCUCCAGGAUAAAGUGUUAAUUAUUUAUAUGGAAUCAAGAGACUAUUGUUAAUUUAUGUAAAGGUGUACAGAUAUUGUUUACAUUUAAAAUUAUUCAUUAAUAUCAUAUUUAAUAGUGUUUUAACCGACCCGAUUUACAUAGGCCUACAUGCUUUAAUUAUAAUGGCAAAUAUUUAAAAAAAAUUAAUAUUACCUUUCAAAUCUAAGAAACUUCUCUAAUAUAAUUUUAAAAAUUUGUUUGAUUUCUCACAUAUUGCAAGAAAUUAUAAAAAGAUUACAAAUAACGUUAAUAAUCCCCAUAAUUUUAUGAUUACCAUCUUGAAAUAUAGAUUAAAAAUUUCAUAAUCGUAAAUAACAAGUUAAAUUUUACAUACAUCGUAACAUUUUAAUACCACAGUGUUAACGUACCGGAAGUGUAAAGAUUCACAAAUAGUGUUAUUACUUUAGCCUAUUCAUCUCUAUUAACCUUGUAGGCAAGAGACAACAUGCUCAUUUUCAAAUGUACGUCAACGUUAUCUUGUGAGUUGAGUUUACAUGUGAUUUUAUAUAUUUACGAAUUUGAAGUCUGUGAUUGCUCUAAAAUAUUAUUUAUUUCAUAGUUAUUGAUCAUUAUGAACAGUGGCUAAUUUUUAGUUGUAUUUCUAGAGUAACAUUUAUAGUGAACUUAAAUCAAAAUAAAUCUUGUACAAACAGUUAAAAUAUCAAUUCGUUCAGAAAUUAACAUGUGCGCUAUUAUUGCAUCUAUUUAUUGCAAAUAUUUAUU